AUGGUGAUCUUUCAAGGCCACAAGUUGGACUUCAAGGAAGGACAUAGACAAAUAGCAGUGCCAGCAAAUGUAACAUCUCCACCAGCACAUCCUGUCAGUCCUGUGCCAGGGCCCUCAAAUAGUAGAACUAUACAAGGAGAAAGGUCGCCGGUAUCUGCCAGCCCUUCUACACCUCGUCAUCGCCGUCUCAGACAGCGAAGACUGCGACAAACACCAUUUGACCGAGCCACCAGCGAGUUUGUAGCAAUAGAGGAGAAUCGGUUGCGUUUCGAAAGGGAGAGGGAUGCGCGUCAACACGAGCUUGAAACUGAACGACUCAAAAUAGAAGCACAACGUCUGCAACUUGAUAGAGAGCGCGUUCGGGUCGAAGAAGUCCGCACCCGUGUAGAGGCAGACCUACGUGACUACAUCAAAUAA